UCGUAAUCGCUCAUAAUUUAAUUGUCGGCUAUCAUCGUCCUUUGCUUCUUCUUCUUCCACCUAAACUAAGAUUCAUAAUUAGGGUUCUGCGCCUUCUACCACGCUGUAAUUUUGAUUCCUUUCCUCUUCUUUAGUUUUUAAUUUCAGGGUCGAUAUGGAAAUUGAGAGUCACGUUUCAGUCCCUGUGAAGAAUCUUGUUAAAGCCGAGUUCAAGCUUGGGACAGAGAGCUACACGAUUGAUUCAUCAAACAAGGGUGAUACUGUUUUGGACCAAUUGGUUUCGAUGAAAGUGGAAAGUAUGAAGAUACUCAAGGAUUUUAUCACAAAGCAUAAUGUUCCAGAUGAUGAUGUCCCCGACCAAAUCUUGUCUGAUGAUGAAGAAGAAGGUGAUGAUGAUGCUUCUCCUGUAGUAUGUCCUGUGAAACCCAAGAAGACCAAGAUUUGACUUCCUUUUUAUUCAUCACUCGUUUUCUUGUCUUUUUCGUUUUCCAUGGAUGUUGCAUAUGUUAGCUGGUGAUGUGAUAUUACAAUUAAGUAGUAGAUCUUGAACCUUUGUCAAAUUUACUGUUUGUGUAACAGUUUUGGUUAUUCUAAGCAGAAUUAUAAGGCUUUGGAUCUU